UAUUGAAGAGUAAAGGCUUUCCUCUAAAGUAUGUGGUAAUUAGUGAAGAAGAAGACUACAGUAACUGCAAUGCUUUUUUCCUGAGACAACAGACUGUGGGUGGAACCUGAAGAUGCGGUCAUGGACAGGCUCCUGGCGUUGGAUAAUGCUCAUUCUUUGUGCCUGGGGCACAUUGUUGUUUUACAUUGGAGGACAUUUGGUACGAGAUAAUGAUAGUCCGGACCAUUCCAGUAGAGAACUGUCUAAGAUACUGGCUAAACUAGAACGAUUAAAACAGCAAAAUGAAGACUUAAGGAGGAUGGCAGAAUCCCUUAGGAUACCUGAAGGCCCAGUCGAGCAAGGAGCUGCAGCAGGAAGGAUACGAGCAUUAGAGGAGCAGCUUUUAAAAGCCAAAGAACAGAUAGAAAUGUACAAACAGCAAUCCAGUAGCUCUGUGGCUAGUAUUGGAAAAGACCAUGAAAUCUUGAGACGGGCUAUUGAAAAUGGUGCAAAGGAAUUCUGGUAUUUUGUCCAAAGUGAACUAAAAAAACUAAAGCAUGUGGACAGAAAUGAACUCCAAAGACGCGUGGAUGAAUUAUUGGCAGACAUGGGUAUUCAGCAAAGAUCCGUUAUGACAGAUCUCUACUACCUCAGUCAAACAGAUGGUGCAGGAGACUGGAGAGAAAGAGAGGCCAAAGACUUAACAGAACUUGUGCAAAGAAGGAUUGCCUAUAUCCAGAACCCUAAAGAUUGCAGUAAGGCCAAGAAACUAGUAUGUAACAUCAACAAGGGCUGUGGAUAUGGUUGCCAAUUACACCAUGUUGUCUACUGUUUCAUGAUUGCUUUUGGCACCCAGAGAACUCUAAUCUUGGAGUCACAGAGCUGGAGAUAUGCGACAGGCGGAUGGGAAACAGUCUUUAAGCCAGUUAGCAACACAUGUACAGAUAGAGCUGGCACCUCUACAGGGCAUUGGUCAGGCACACACGGAACCCGCAAACAUACGCUGAGGCUGAACAGCUUCAACUCGCGGCUGUGCCGCUCACCGCCUCCAAACUCCGCCCAGCUGUCACAUUUAAAUCGGCGGUUUCCCGCCGCCGUUAUACCAUUCCUAUUGAGCUUGAUAAAGAGUUUGCAAAAGAACAUCGUCCACAUACUGAAUGAUACAGUCUGGUUCCGAAAACGGCUUCAGAAUGUCGAAGUAUUGAA